GUUCUGUGUUGACUAGCUUGUCGCCUGUGAAGGAAUGGGGAUGGAGGCGAAGUACGUUUUAGAAACAAACCCGUUUCAAACACUCCUCGGGGUCAGUCGCAGCGUGUCACUCUGCUGUCGGCAUGUUUCAUUUGUUUUUUAACGGCGGAGAAGCAACGUUUCCGUGAUGGCUACCACCGCAGCACAGGCGUCUCCGCGGCGGCCGCUCUGAAAAGUUAAGGACCAAAGUUUGACCAAGGAGUUUCUUCACCGACACUUUUCCCUGUUAUCACUAGAAACCGACCCCACCACCAUGGCACGCUCUGCGUAUGUCUGGAUUUGGGCAUUUGCUUUCAGUUUGAACGUCGCACUGUCCGAGUGUUACUUUUCCAUACCGCUUAAAAUAUACCCGGGGAAGUACAAUUUAUCCUCGGGUGUGAAUCUGACGUCUCUUCGGCGAGUGGCGUUGGCGGCCGAUGGGAACGGCCUCUCUCUGGCCUCUGACCCCACAGGGACGGUGAACUUUCUGGACAUGGUGGAUAACUUGCAGGGAGACUCUGGGAGAGGAUACUACAUACAGAUGUCCAUUGGCACGCCUGGUCAACAGCUGAACAUCCUGGUCGAUACAGGCAGCAGUAACUUCGCAGUGGCUGCGGCUCCACACCCAUUUAUUACUCACUACUUUGACACUGCAAGUUCCAGUACCUACCAGUCAGCUGGUCGGGGUGUAUCUGUGAGGUACACCCAAGGCAACUGGGAGGGAGAACUGGGCGUCGACAACGUCUCCCUCCCCAAAGGCCCGAAUGGCACCAUCUCCAUCAACAUCGCUGCCAUCCUGACGUCUGAUGGCUUCUUCCUCCCUGGGAUCAACUGGCAGGGCAUCCUGGGACUGGCCUAUCCCAUGCUGGCACGGCCUGACUCGUCAGUGGAGCCCUUCUUCAACUCUGUGGUGAAACAGCUGGGAAUUCCAGACAUCUUUUCCCUCCAGAUGUGCGGCGCUGGACUGUCAGCCAGCAGUACGACCGACCCUCCGGGUGGCAGUCUUAUAAUGGGUGGGGCUGAACCAACUCUGUAUCGGGGGUCGGUGUGGUACACCCCCAUAAUAGAGGAGUGGUACUACCAAGUGGAGGUUUUGAAGCUGGAGGUUGGAGACCAGAAUCUGGAUCUGGACUGCAGAGAGUACAACAUGGAUAAAGCUAUAGUUGACAGUGGGACGACACUGCUGCGACUUCCUGUCAACGUCUUCAAUGCGGUGGUAGAAGCCAUCACUCGCAGCUCUCUGAUCCAAGAUUUUUCUUCAGGGUUCUGGGAUGGCACCAAGCUUGCAUGCUGGAUGAAGGGAGAGACCCCGUGGAGGUUUUUCCCCAAGCUGUCCAUCUACCUGAGGGCCACGAACACCAGCCAGUCGUUCCGCAUCACAAUCCUGCCUCAGCUGUACAUCCAGCCAAUCAUGGACGUGGACAGCACGCUGGACUGCUUCCGAUUCGGAGUAUCCUCGUCGGCUAACGGCCUGGUGAUCGGCGCUACGGUCAUGGAGGGCUUCUACGUCGUGUUUGACCGCGCUCAGCGCAGACUGGGCUUCGCGCUCAGCAGCUGUGCAGUGAGUGGUGGGGUGGCUCUGUCGGAGAUCGCGGGACCUUUCUCGGCAGCGGACGUGGCGUCCAACUGCUCCGGCGGAGUGCUGCGGGAGCCUCUCCUGUGGGUGAUCUCCUACACCCUGAUGGCGGUGUGCGCCCUGAUCCUCCUCAUCCUCCUGCUCCUGCUGAUCCUGCCCUGCAGACGCAGAGACGGCUCCGGGGAGAUCACGGACGAGUCCUCGCUGGUCCGCCACCGCAUCAAGUGACUGAGAGGAAUCGGACGGGCGAGCGAGCGGGGGGACAGCGAGCGGAGCCCGUCCACGGCUGUGGGGAAGGGGGUGAGGGUCGGCCUGCACCGACCGGUGACGCUCGGAUCUCAGCAUCUGACCGACUUCAGACUGCACUCGUCAGCUUGGCCCAUGGAGGCAGACAAACGGACAGAUCCGCUGCCUCUCAAAGGGAAUACCCACGCCCAAAACCCUUCAUAACACAGCUGUUGAUAGUGAAUUUAUGGUUCCACUGUCUCAACCUCACUGAUAAUUAGUCCAUGUACGUGGAUGCUUUAACACAGAGAAAGACAUUGAAGGAGAGGUGCAGUUUGUCCUCCGACCAUCGCUUUUCAUGACAAUUAGUAACGGCUGAUAUUAGCUUUUCCUCAGCUGGAUAGACCCCGAUGCUAACAGUAUUGCCGCCUGUAGCUACAUGAACUAUAAUAGAAACUCUCUUUGAGGGUAUUCUGGGAUAUCUCAGAAAGGUGAACCAAACAAUGAAACAGCUGAUUACAAAUCAUAAGUGAAUAAGAAAUGUGGAGUGUCUUUCUUGCAGACAGUCACAGGACAGUGGAGGAACAUGCACAAAACCGACGUCAUCUCCUGGUUGUUAUGAACUUCUAAGGGCAUGCACCUCAUUUAAAAGUGCCUGUAGAGGUUGAUCAUUUGCAGCCAACCAAUCUGCGCUUAAGUUUAUUUUUAAAAUCGAUUGCCAAUCAGUGCCUUCUUAUAUUCUUCAGUGACCUCUGAAGUUGAGGGGAAAAGCUGCUCAGAUAUUCGCUGUUAAUAGUUACACACAUGUUUACAGUGUCCGUAGUGCCUCCCGGUGUCACGGCGAAGACAAAUAGCCCCAGCAGUUUGAGGCUCACUCUGCUGAAUUGCACUUUGUUUCUGAAGUCGAUCAAAAACAAAGCGACGGAUCAAUAUUUCUCCGUGGUGUGAUUUGUUGUAUUUACGUCAUUUUACUAAUUCUGUUGAGGUUUGUAUUUGAAUCUCAUUGACUGUGACUGUAUCAUUGUCGUUGCAGAUCUUUGCUUUUAAGACUUAAUGUUCUGGGGAGUUUACGCUGCACGUUUUAUACCAAUCAAUCACUAAAUUAGAAGCCAAAGGAUUUCUGAAACUGACACAAACACCUUCUGGGUGUCUUUAUACUACAGCUAACUUUCUAGCAAAGCUGACUGAUCUGUCGGCAAUAAAAUAUAUAUAUAUAUAUAUGUUACUGGUGCCGUUUUUACUGCGCAGCACAAUCAGUCUGUUAUUUUGCUUUGAGAAGAAUGACCCAAGCUGCACUAAUAUGUCUGCCAAAAUUUAAACUUGUAAAAUAGUUAAAUUAAAGGUACACUUGAAUCUUUGAAUGUUCACCUAUUUAUAAGUUUAUUUGUUCUGUGCCAAAUUUCUACUCGUGCUGUAAAUAAAAGGACCUGUGACAAAUCA